AUGGCAGAUAUAACUGGAAUUUGUAAACUUGCAUUCAAACUGAGAAGGCUGCAGUGGUUCGUGGCGUUUGUGCUAUUUGAUUCCACCGUAGCGACAUCUCAGUUUCGAACGUCGGAACUUCAGUUUAGCAUGGCAUCUAACGUCACCAUGCCGACAGUGAUCUUCUCCCAGGUUAGCCUAGAACAGUGUUGGGAAGAGUGUACAGCAAGGGUGGCCUGUCGGGCCUUUAACUAUUUCAAUCUUUAUAAACUGUGUGAGCUGAACAUUCUUGAGGAUUUCACAGAUGCAUCUACUAAUAGACCUGUAUUUGGCAAAAGCGGCGUUGUACACUGGACAAAGCAGGAGUUUCCGGACACUCUACCCUGUGGAUCUAACACGUGCAACUUGGGAGAAAGAUGCGACCAGCACGCAGGAAAAUGUGAAACAAAAGAAUGUGGACCGCUUCUUGUAUCGAAUGAGAUUGUCGUUGGAGGGAAUAUGAACGGGAUUGGCAGCAAGGUUCGUCUCGACUGUAAAGAAGGCUACGUCCCGUCGUUCACCAAGAACAUUGUAGAAUGUAUCAACACGGGCAAAAGGACCGAGCACGACAUGACUUGUGAGGUUGAGUGUGAGGCUGGCUGGAGAAGGUUCCAAACGUCUUGUUACCAGCUGUGUGGUUCGGAGGAAACUUGGAUCGAUGCAAAGAGCAAAUGCGAGAAUGUCAACGCCUACCUUGUUUCGAUUACAAGCCAGGAGGAGUACGACUUCGUCCACACCCAAAUAAAUGAAGCAAAUGUUGAUACAGUAUGGAUCGGAGCUAACGAUAACGAAAAUGAAGGGUCGUGGACAUGGGAAUCUGGAGAUGCAUGGGAUUUCGAGAGCUUUGCUGCGACAGAGCCGAGUGGAGGCAAAGUGAAAAAUUGCCUUGGAAUGAAUGAAAACAAAGGAUGGAAAGACUAUACUUGCAUUGCAAUAAUUAAACGUUAUUUAUGUGAGAAGAAGAUAUGA